CCAUUUCUACGUUUUCUCUCUCAUGCGCUCCAGUCUCUCCGCACGCAGAUCUCCCGCGGCAAUCAUGGCAGUGUAGCGGCUUGCAGCGGCAACAUCAGCAGCGGCAAAUCCGGCAGUGCAGCGGUCAAGUGCACUGGCUCUAUUUGGCAAAAUGGCGUCCCUUGUGGCAACCACCCACAGCUCUGCUGCUAUAGACAGCAUAACCGCACCGUUCACCCGCUCACCAGAACCCCUUUACCAUUACGCUUCCCCUCUGACCGUCUGCCAUGUCCGUGGUGUCUCAGAUGAGUUUGGAGGACGUGGGGGCCCUGCUCCUGGGGCCCUCAUCUUUGAUGGCUGACCCCUUUGGGCCCCUUCUGGACGAAGAUGAGGAGAGCGCUCUAUCCGAGGGGUCGUCGUCACCCCUCUCCUCUUCCUACGCUGAAUCUUCCUCCUCUCUCUCGCUCCUCUCUCCCUCUCCUCCCGCUUCUGUAGGGUGUAAGUCAGAGCUGCUGUUGCUCUCCUGGCUUCCUGCGUCUGAGCUGCUCGGUGCCCAAACGGAGCCAGAGCAGAGUAAAGGUGAUGCGUUUUCGGGCAUGGAUUGGAUGUCGGAAAAAUUAGACCUGAAUGACUUCGACCUGGAUUCUCUCAUCGGUUCAUAUGAUUCAGACGAGCCUCCCAGUUCUCCAGAAGAGCUGCUGGCCUGCCUGGAUACUGACAUGGAUCUGGACCUCGAUUCCCUCCCGUUCAGCUCAUCCGAACUGGGCCUGACGUUGCCUCCGCUGCCCCUCGACCUUCCCCUCCCAGAACCGCCGCUGGAGCCUGUCGAGAUCAAGUCCGAGCCUCCUUCUCCAGCGCGGUCUCCUGAUUCGGCCAACACCUUAGACCUGGGAAGUGAGGUGUCCGUGCUUCAGGCUCCAGGAAUCAUGCUGACUCCAUCCCACAUCGUGGUGGUUCUGGCCCCGAAAGAUGAGGCAAGCAGCACCGAUGAUUCCUCCGACAGCGACAGUGGGAUCUCCAUCUCCGGAUCCCCGACUCACCUACCAGAUACGGCACCCUCGCCGAAGCCCGCAGGCUCCUCCAGAACCAAACCCUACUCCAAACCCGACCCGGACGCCGCGGCAGUCGCUACAGGCCGAGUGAAGGCCGGCCCCGGCGCUCCGAAAGUGGUGGAGAAGAAGCUGAAGAAGAUGGAGCAGAACAAAACGGCAGCGACGCGGUACCGGCAGAAGAAACGGGCCGAGCAGGAUACACUGAACUCCGAGUGCGCCGACCUGGAGAAGAGAAACCGCGAGCUGGCGGAGAAAGCCGAGUCCCUCAGCCGGGAGAUCAAGUAUCUGAAGGAUCUCAUGGAGGAAGUUCGAUCUGCCAAAAACCGCAGGAGCAAAGCAAAAGUCCAGGAUGCCGUCGGCUCUAGUUAGGCUCGAUGCUUCACCGUCACGUUUCCCCUGAUGAUCACAAACACUGCACUAAACUCUUUCACUGAUUCAUCCUCCCGUUUCCACUCGAUUUGUUUAUCGUCCAGUAAGGGGCCUCGUUGUUUUGAGUUGUUACACUGAAUCUGUUGCUGUAGUGCUUGUAAAUAGGCUUCACAUGUGCUAUUUAAAACUAGCUGAACAUGCUGAAUCUGUCAUGGUGUAGUGUGUUGGCUUGUAAAAUCUCUUUGCUGUUUUCUAUUAAAGACGCCAUCAAACUCAA